CUUACUAUUGGGAACCAAUGCUCCCAUAUAAUCAGUAAAGACCACAAAACAAAAGACAUAGGGCAUCAGUGGAUAAUUAACUAGCGGUAAUAUGAUGGAAAAAAGAGACGAUACUUCGUAUUUACUAGCUACUAGUAAAACACAUGUAUACAAAAAACGAUGGUGGAUAAUGGCGGUUUUCUGUUUCGUUUGCUGCGAGCAGUCAAUGAUUUGGAAUACGUGGGGACCUAUAGCAGAGUCUUCAGAAAUCGUGUUUGGUUGGAAUGAUGGUAACAUUGCAUUGGUCACUAACUUAGCUAAUAUUAGUUAUAUGUUUCUAGUAAUUCCAAUGUGUAUGGUCAUGGACACUAAAGGAUUGCGAUUUUCAAUGAUUCUAUGUUCAGGAAUGUUGUUAUCUUGUACAGCAAUACGUUGUUUCUCUCUUGAGCCUGUUACAGCUACUAUAACAGCCUAUAUUUGUGGAUUAGUUCAAGGUAUCGCCGCUACAAUGCCAUUUUCUGGACCUCCUCUUGUCGCCGCGGUGUGGUUCCCGCCAACAGAGCGUCCUGUAGCGACAGCUAUUGGUUCAUUCUUCAACUACCUCGGUCUUAGCUUGUCAUUCAUUGUUGGUCCACAGCUUGUUUCUGACCCAUUAUAUGAGAAACUUAUACAGAACACAACCAAUGUGACAUCAGCAUCUAAUAUAACCGAUGCUGAUGAUAAUAAUAUCAACCAUAAAAGUAAAGUUUUAAAUAUUGACAACUUGAAACAAGGAAUAUUAAACCUUUUAUACACUCAUACCGCGAUAGCUGGACUUGUGUUUGUAAUAACAAUUGUCUAUUUUCCCUACCUUCUACCCACUCGGCUAACAUGUUCCUGCUCACACAAAGGACAAUGGAAUAACGGUGCAUUCCAGCGUACGGGGAUAUUUAUAAAUGGAACUGUCCCGUUGUUUUACGAGAUAUCAGCGGAGGCGUCAUAUCCUGUAGCAGAGGGCGUGACAGGAGGGUUUUAUACACUUGUUAAUAAUGUAGGCGGAGUUAUCUUAUUGUCGUUAGUAUCAGUGCCUAACAUAGGAACUAAAUGGAUGAACUGGACAGUGUUAGGGUCUCUAGUUGCAGCUAUACCAUUGUUGUUUGUAUUUCCUGAACGUUAUAACAGAACUGACAUUGAUUUAAACAUAGAAACUGAAACAUAUGUCACCGAUGCUGACAAGAAGGUCAACACUGCCGACAAGUAG